AUGGCGACAUGGCGGGUCUUCACCCGCACCGUGUACACCGCGAUCGCGGUCAUAAUUCUUAUCGCGUCGCCGGAUGUAUCGUUCGCCGCGGAGCAGCCAUCAUGUGGAGCCCCGCCCCCGCACAUCGUGGUCGUGGGAUCCGUAAAUGUUGAUUUGACGGUGAAGGUCGCGAGGCCGCCCGCGUUGGAGGAGACCGUCACGGCGACGGACCCGCGCGUGAGCGUCGCCGUCGGGGGUAAAGGUGCGAACCAGGCCGUCGCCGCCGCGCGCCUCGUCGCGGGCUCGAGGCCGGUGAGGUUCGUCGGCCAGUUCGGCGGCGAUUCACACGCGUCGAUGCUCGAGCAGGAGCUCGUGGCGAACGGCGUCGAUGUCUCCCUGAGCGGACGCCACCCGGACCUUCCCUCGGGGACGGGCCUCGUCAUGCUCUCGCCCGGCGGCGAGGCGUCGUCCGUGGUCGUCGGCGGCGCCAACUCCGCGUGGCCCGAGAACGACGACGAGCUCGUGUCGACGAUGGUCCGAGCAGCGAGGGGCGCCGCGGUGAUGCUGCUGCAGCGGGAGGUCCCCGACAGGGUCAACCUCGCGGCCGCGGCGGCUGCGAAGGCCGCGGGGGUUCCCAUCGUCGUGGACGCCGGGGGCGUGGACGCUCCUAUACCCGCCGCGCUGCUCGAGGCGGCGGAUUACCUCUGCCCGAAUGAGUCCGAGCUGGCGAGGCUCACCCGCAUGCCGACGUCGACGGACGACGAGGCGGUCGCCGCGGGCCUCGAGCUCGUCGCCCAAGGCGCCAAGCGCGUGUUGGUCACCCUCGGCGCGCGCGGCGCGAUGGUCAUCGGCGCGACCGGCGUGAUCGCGCGGCACGACGCGCUGCCGGUACCGGGCGGUGAGGUCGGUAAAGUCGGUGAGGUCGUGGACGGCACCGCGGCGGGCGACGCGUUCCGGGCGGCGCUCGCCGUCGCCGUCGCGGAGGGCGUCGACGUCGUGAAGGAUUCCCGGGGUUUGGCGCUGGCCGCGGCGGCGGGGGCGCACGCGGUGAGCGUCCCGGGCGCUGUGCCGUCGCUUCCCACGCGUGACGAAGCGGAGAAUCUCAUCCCCGAGCACCGACAUCUCCCCGCGCCGGCGCUCGCGGCGACGAAAGCGUGCGAAGAAACCGACGCCGCCCUUCGCGACGACGAGUGCCCGCUUCGAUUCGGCUCCAGGCUCAACUCCAUGAAGGAGCGCCCCGACCUGUGGAGUGGGCGCGAGCGGCUCGACGUCCUCGGCAUGGUUCGCAGGCUGGGCGAGGUCGAGGGUAUCGACCUCGUGGACUUCAACUACCCCCAGCACCUCGACGGUCGAAAGCCAAAGGCUGUGACCGGCGCGCUGAGAGCGGCUGGUCUCGCCGCCGGCGCGGUGGCGGUGCGGUUCCCGGCGUCGCGGUUUCGAGCCGGGGCGUUCACGAACCCCGAUCCGUCCGUCCGUGCCGCGGCCGUCGACGUCGUCGCGGGCGCGUGCGCGUGGGCUCGGUCGCUGGACGCGUCAGCCGGCGUCAUCGUCUGGCCACAGUUUGACGGUUACGACUACCACCUCCAGGUCAACUACUCAGACGCGUGGCGGCGCGGGGUGGGCGCCAUCCGCGCGGCUCUGGACCGCGACGAGUGCGAGGGAGUGAAGGUGUCGUACGAGUUCAAGCCGACGGAUCCCUCGAGUCGGUUCGCGCUUGUUCCCAGCACGGCGGCGGCGCUGGCGCUGGUGAGGGACGUGAAUCGACCGGGACGGUUCGGGCUCACCCUGGACGCGGGCCACCUGGUGGCGGCCGGGGAGAACCCCGCGCAGAGCGCCGCGAUGGUCGCCGACGCGGGUGCCCUGUUCGGCUUCCACCUCGGGGACGUGCACUCGAAGCUCGCGGCUGAGGAUGGGCUCGCGUUCGGGUCGGUUCACGCGCCGGGGGCGCUCGAGCUCGUGUUCUGGCUCAGGGCGUCUGGAUACAGGGGCCACGCGUACUUUGACACCUUCCCCGAGGCGGAGGAUCCGACGCGCGAGGCGGCGUACAAUGUCCGCGCGUUCAAGAGGAUGUGGAGCUGGGCGGCUCGGCUGGAACGUGACGGUAUUCGCGACGUACUUCUCAACCACGACGCCAUGACGAGUCUGGAGAUGCAGGAGGGUCUCAUCGCCUAG